CAUCACUCUCUAUAUUGGCUUCAAACUCCCCCCACAACUCCAUCUCCUCAAGAUCAAGAUCAAGAUUCUCUCUCUCUCUCUCUCUAACCUCCAAACUUAAAGAUCAGAUGUUGGUUGCAUGCAACUGUAGCUGAAACUGAAUGAAUGAGAGGAACAAUGGGAAAUUCUCCUCAUGCUGUUGAACCUCGACACCGUUUGCCUACAACCAUUGAAGAUUUAUACAAACGAAGAUUGCCAAAAAAUAACAAAGCAAAAGAGGUAGAGAAACCAUUCCAUUUAACUGUACAAGAUAGGAGCUCAAGAUGCAAGUUCUCAUUCUUAAAACUUCUGUUAUUGGUAACCAUUUGUGGAACUUUUGUAACACUCCUCUACUCUCCAGAGGUCUACAAUACCACCCAUUUAACAACCUCUGGCUCUGUGUGGUUAUGGGGUGGGUCGGAUCCUAGAUAUAUCGCGAAUGUAGAUACUCGUUUGAGUGAUAUUGUGAAAAUCACCAAGAAAUUAACAGGGAAAGAUAAAGUUCAGGGCAUUGGGCUUGUGAAUUUCAACAAGACAGAGAUAAGUGGUUUUGAGAAUCUUAAUCCUGAUGCCACACAUGUUGAAUUGAACUUGGAGUAUGCUGCAAGAAAUGUGACAUGGGAGAGCCUAUACCCCGAAUGGAUCGAUGAGGAAGAAGAGGAGGAAGUUCCCGUUUGCCCCUCUCUGCCAAGUCUGAGGUCUCCCGGCAUACGACUUAAUCUCAUCGCCGUCAAGCUUCCUUGCCGGAAAGGUGUUGGCAAGAAUUGGUCUAGAGAUGUUGCUCGUUUGCAUCUUCAGCUCGCCGCGGCUCGCCUUGCAGCCUCUUUUAAAGGAAACUACACUGUGCAUGUUCUCUUUGUUACCGAUUGCUUCCCAAUGCCGAAUCUGUUUACCUGCAAAGAACUUGUUGGACGCGAAGGAAAUGCAUGGUUAUACAGACCAAACUUGAGUGUUUUGAGACAAAAGGUUCAACUUCCUGUAGGAUCCUGUGAACUCACAAUUCCUAUGAGGGGCAAAGAGUUGGUUUACAAUGGAAAUGCUGAGAGAGAAGCGUACGCAACAAUUCUGCAUUCAGCACAUGUUUAUGUGUGUGGAGCAAUCGCGGCGGCACAAAGCAUCCGCAUGGCCGGAUCAAGUCGAGACCUUGUUAUACUUGUUGAUGAGACAAUAAGUGGAUAUCACAGAAGUGGUUUGGAAGCAGCAGGGUGGAAAGUCAGGACAAUAAAGAGGAUCAGAAACCCCAAAGCCGAAAAGGAUGCUUACAAUGAAUGGAACUACAGCAAGUUCCGCUUAUGGCAACUAACAGAUUAUGACAAGAUAAUAUUCAUAGAUGCAGAUUUGCUCAUACUAAGAAACAUAGAUUUCCUCUUUGGCAUGCCGGAAAUCACUGCUACUGGAAACAAUGCCACGCUUUUCAACUCUGGAGUCAUGCUGGUUGAGCCAUCAAAUUGCACAUUCCAGCUCCUAAUGGAUCACAUAAACGAGAUUGAAUCUUACAAUGGAGGAGACCAGGGAUACCUGAAUGAGAUAUUCACAUGGUGGCAUAGGAUUCCAAGACACAUGAACUUCUUGAAGCAUUUCUGGAUCGGCGACGAAGAAGAGAAGAAAAAAAUGAAAACCUUGUUGUUUGGUGCCGAGCCUCCAAUCCUCUAUGUUCUUCACUACCUAGGCUUGAAGCCUUGGUUAUGCUUCCGCGACUAUGAUUGCAACUGGAACUUUGACAUAUUCCAUGAGUUUGCGAGCGACGUUGCGCACGCCAAGUGGUGGAAGGUGCAUGAUGCAAUGCCUGAGGUUCUGCAACAAUUCUGUUUGCUGCCAUCAAAGCAAAAGGCGCAGUUAGAAUGGGAUCGGAGACAAGCCGAGACAGCAAACUACACAGAUGGUCACUGGAGACUCAAAAUUAAAGAUCCUCGGUUGAUGAAAUGUAUCGAUAACUUGUGCCAUUGGAAGAGCAUGUUGAGGCACUGGGGAGAGACAAAUUGGACUGAUGAUGAGUCUUACCAUCCAACACCACCUGCCAUUACUACAUCAUCUCUUUCUGCUUUGUAACUUACUUGAUUUGACUCCUUCUCUUAGUAGUGUUAGGAGACAAAAAGGGAUCAAGCAAAUUUUGUUUCCUCCAGUUUUAGAGGAAUUGAGCUGAAUAAAUCAAAAUACAAUUCUUGUGCUGUUAAACACA